ACGUGUUUGAAAGAAACGGAUCUCGGUUCAGUGUACUGGUGGUGAUUCGAGAACUGUUGACUCCGAGAGCCGCUGUAGCAGACAGGACCGCUCGGUAGUACACGCAUGCUCAGUAUCAGCUGCUCGUGCUCAUCGGUUCUCUCAGUCUGCAGUGCACAGCAUGUUUCAGUGUCUGUUGGAGUAACAGGAGUAACGUAUACUCCGGCAUAUUGGUUUAUUUCGAGUCGUAGGGAUUGUCAGGCAUGUCCGAAAGUGAGAAACUUUAGAAAACUGGAUCAGUGCUGGCUCGAGACGCGAACUGUUUCGAACGAUUCAUCCAUUUGGUGAACUGGUUCAGCCGGUUCAAAAGAACGAUUUGUUCUCGAACCGAACAUCACCAACAGUUACGCAGGUAAAAUGGCGUCGGAGGCCAUUUCAGCGGAGUCUAAGAAGAUUACAGAUUUACGUGUGGUAGACCUCAAAUCCGAACUCAAACGUAGGAAUUUGGAUGUUACUGGGGUAAAAAAUACACUCGUCGCAAGACUGAAGCAGGCAAUAGAAGAUGAAGGUGGAGAUCCAGACAACAUUGAGAUCACAGCAUCAGCUGACACACCCACCAGAAAACACAGCAAAUCUAAAGGAAAGAAGACUGACCUGGAUGCUGACACCAUCAUGGAAGAGGAAUCCUUCUCUAAGGAGACUGAGGAAGAGGAAUCUGAAAAAGAUGUAACUGAUACUGAUGAUGCUACUCGUGACAAUUCUAAAACCUUCUCCUGUGAAGACGGCCUUGCAGAGCCCGAGGCUGAGGUAGGAGUGGAGCCUGAUCUUGAGGCUGAAGCAGAAGCAGAACCCGAACCCGAGCCCGAUCCUGAUGCCGAGAUUGAGGCUGAGAGAGAAGCCGAGCCUGAAGUCCCAGCGAUGGAAGCCUUGGAGAGCGAACCUGCUCCUGAACCCAUAAAAGAAGUUGAGGAUGACAAUAUAUCUGUCACCAUCCAGGCCGAAGAUGCCAUCACACUGGAUGUAGAUGGCGACGAUCUCCUGGAAACAGGUAAACAUGUGAAACUUCCAGAUUCUGAGGCAGACAAGGGCUGCGAAGAGCCUGAGGCCACUGCUGAGAUGGGGCAGGAGACAGACUUGCUGACUGAAGCGAUAGAUGGCCACAAGGAUGGUAAGAGGGAUGACGGGCUGAUGUCUGACGCCGCCAAGAAGGACAGCAGAGAGGCCUCGAAGAAAGGAGAAACGGGAGACAAGGAAAAGGAUUCUGGGAAGAAAGGCCCCUCUUCAACUGGGGUGACAGGUCAAGCAAAGAGCUCUUCAAAAGACAGAGAUGGAAAGACUACAAAAGAUGAAAAGGGAAGUGGCAGCAGCAGUCCCAGCUCUACUCGCAAUCUGUGGGUGAGCGGCCUGUCGUCCAACACCAAAGCAGCUGAUCUCAAGAACCUCUUUGGCAAAUAUGGAAAGGUUUUUAGUGCCAAAGUGGUCACCAAUGCUCGUAGCCCAGGAGCCAAGUGUUAUGGAUUAGUUACCAUGUCAUCCAGCGCAGAAGUGGCCAGGUCCAUCUCUCAUUUGGACCGCACAGAACUCCAUGGACAACAGAUAUCUGUGGACAGGGUGAAAACUGACCCGUUCAAAAAGGACUUCUCAAAGAAAGAGGGAGAAGAGAAGGCAAGUUCCAUUAAAAUUUCUGGAGAAAAGCGCACUCCAACUGGAGCAAAAACCUCUAGCAAGACACCAGUUUCAUCUAAGAAGGAGGAGAAGAAAUCAGACAAACCGUCUGAGAAGGACAGCAAAGACGUCAAAAAACAGGACUCCAAAACCAACAAAUCUGAAUCUUCCAGUUCAGCAGCUGACGCAGCAAAGAAAGAUGACAAGAAACAUGGACGAAAGAGUCCAGGCAAUAUGAUGGUGAACGACAAAGCUAAAGGAGAGCAAAACUUCAAUAAAUCUCGUCCCCCUUUCAGAAGGGGUGGGAGGUUUGAGAAGCCUGGUCCACCCAACAUGAUGAACAGACGCCCCAGAGGAUUCAUACCACCUGAGGAGAUGGACAAAGGCCGUCCGAUGCUUAACAAAGGUGGCAACAAAGAUAUCCUUCCGUUUGAGAAGUUGAAGGAACAGAGGAUGCGUGAGCGCAUGGUCAGGAUGGAACACGUUCGCAGGGCUAUGGAACUGCGCAGACGGCGUGAGGUAGCAGAAAGAGAGCGCCGGGAGAGGGAACGCAUCCGUAUUAUGCGUGAGCGUGAGGAGAGGGAGAACCUGAUGAGAGAGCGGCAAAGGCUGGAGGUGGAAAGGCAGAAACUCGAACGCGAGCGCAUGGAGAGAGAGAGACUGGAACGGGAGCGGAUCCGUAUAGAGCAGGAGCGACGCAAGGAAGCGGAGCGUUUGGCUCGUGAACGUGAGGAGCUGAGGCGGCAACAGGAGCAGUUGCGUUACGAGCAGGAGAAACGAAACAACUUAAAGAGGGGACGUGACGUUGAUCAAAGGAGGGAAGAUCCGUACUGGAAUAGUGGUAAAAAGAUGCAGACUGAGCCAGAGGGGCGGAUCAGUCAAGGCGGAGAUUACAACAAUCGACAACAGAACCGCUUUAAUGAUUUCAACCCUAGGGACCGGAACCGAUACCAACAGACAUCAGCUGUGCAGUCCAACAACUUUGAUAGACGCAACCGAUUUGACGGUGAACCUGAAUCAAAGAAGAAUCGACCUGCUCCUCGCCGUGAAGGUUCUGGGUUUGAGCGCUAUCCUAAAAACUUUGAAACUGUGCGGAGAGCAGAACCACCACCUCCACCUCGUGCAGAGCUGCGAGACAGUGAUCGCCGAGAGAUCCGCGACCGUGAUGAGCGCAGACCGGUGUCUAUGCCUGAUCGACCAGCUGGUGGCAGAGUGCCACCUCCCGCCAUUGCCCACUCCCGUACCCCCAGAGAUGGCAGCCACACUGGCUGGAAGGCUGAUGGGGGAAUGAAUUCGAAACAAGGAGAUGUCAGAGCAGCACGGAUGCGUCCAGAGCGUCCAGGCAGAGAGGGUCCCGGACCUGCCAUGAGAGGGGUGCCCACAGCUAGCCGUGGCAGAACCAGCUUCAACAGCCGAGACAGUGGCAGACCUGUGGUCAUGGGGGAGCAGCAGCACUUUGGCAGUGGCAGACAGGUGGUGGUGGAGCGGCAUGGACGCGAUCAGGGCCCCAGGAAAGACUGGCACGGGGCAGCAGGCUCACAAAGCGGAGGAUUCACAGAUAACCACCGAAUGGGGGACAGUCGACCCGGCAUGAUGGCACCACACUCCAGUCAUUCCUCUUCUGGUAUGAACAGAAUUGUGCAGAUCACUAAUGUUCCCAUGGCCGGUGGCAGCGGAGGAUUCAAGCCCUUCAAAGGAAGGUUCUAGUAUCUGACCCUCUGCUGUGGAAAAUUAUAAAUACUUUUUUUUUUUCUUCUUUUUUGUUAACUUCUGAUGUUUUUAAUUGGCUGAACUUACAGCCAUUAGAUUAUUGUAAAGAACCAAUUUUGUUGUCUUUAUAAAAGGCUUUACAUGUAGGUUUUUGUUUCCUGAACUUCUCUGGUGACCUGUAAACCACAUUUGUGAACAUACAUGCUCUCCUGACAUUCUAUAGGUGCAACUGUACAGCUUAUUUCUCAACCAGUAUUUGUUUAGAUAACCUUUCAGAUACUCUCAUACGCUUUGGGCAGACUACUGCGUGUAGCACUGGACACACCUGUAAUUCCUUCAACAUGUGACUUUUUUUGAUGAUUCUACAAGUUAUUAAAUUAUGUGGAUUAUGA